GUCCGUCUCUGUGUGAUUUUUUAUUUGUUGUCUGAGUGAAUGAGAGCUGCUAAUCAGGAAGUAUCCGGCGGGGGAAAACUAUUAAAAAAUAUGAAUUUCAAUCCGGCCGCAGCCGCGUCCUCUGCUCUUCUCGACAAAGAACAGGCCGCUUUCUUUGCAACCGCGACUAGCUGUGGAUUUAGCGACACAAUGGGACUGUACGCGGCCGGUACCGUGUGUCCAGAUAGAUUAACAACACCAGAUGGACGGGGACAGCUCAACUACCGACGCCUCCCAGCUGGGCAUCACUGGAGAAUAUAUGGCCUCUGGGCAUUAUGUGCUGCAGUCUCAGGACGAUGAUGGAGAAGAGAGUCUGAAUGACCAUGAAGACAGCGGCAUCAAAGAGAACUUCAGGGAACAGGACAUCUAUCUUCCUAUCGCCAACGUGGCUCGGAUCAUGAAGAACGCUGUACCACAGACUGGAAAGAUCGCAAAAGACGCCAAGGAGUGUGUGCAGGAGUGUGUGAGCGAGUUCAUCAGCUUCAUCACGUCGGAGGCGAGCGAGCGCUGCCACCAGGAGAAGAGGAAGACCAUCAAUGGGGAGGACAUCCUGUUCGCCAUGUCCACGCUGGGCUUCGACAUGUACGUGGAGCCGCUCAAGCUCUACCUGCAGAAGUUCAGAGAGGCGAUGAAAGGGGAGAAAGGGAUGCCCGGCGUGUCUGUGGGAGAAAGCCUGGGAGACGAACUCACAGAUGACAACUUCACAAAUCCACUGCCAGCGGGAAUCAUCACAGCGGACGGACAGCAACAGAACGUCAUGGUGUACACCACCUCCUACCAACAGAUUCCCGCCGUACAGCAGAUCCAGUUUUCGUGACGAGGCCUUUCUCCGAGCCUGAACGCAGCGGCCCCGCACGCCGCGCCGUCACCAUCGGCCCCCGUGGUCGCCGGAUGACCUCUAACCCGCCGCGGGUCAAAGGUCAUCGGACGGACGGGGGUGGGGUGGGGAAGAGGGAGGGGGCAGCGACGACGGAAACCCUCAUGUACAGAAAUCAUCUGCUCAUUAGAACGUGUAGUCAGUAGUUUGUGAGGUACCAAAUGUUUUGGAGCACUUCCAGACCAGUUGGGAAAUUCGAGGCUUUAUUUUAAAGGCUAGUCUUAUUACAUAACUUAGUGGUCAGGUUUAUUUCUGUGUGCGUGUGUUUGUAUGUAUGUGUGUGUAUGUGCGCGUGUGUGUGUGUGUGUGUGUUCAUGUGUUUGGUUUUAUGCAUUUUUGUUUUCUCUUUUUUUUUUUUUUCCUGAGGAGGAGGGAGGGGACGGGAGGUCGGGAGGGGUUCAAUUGGAAGCUUAUUUUUUUAACGCCUUCUCUGUUUGAACAGUGAGAAGAGACGUUGUUACUGUCAUACGAGUUCAUGCAGCUCUUUUUGUAAGUUGAUACAAAUUACCAUGUGCUUUAAUGUUAUGUAAACCCUUUGAAUAAAAAUUCAAAAGUGACACCUAAA